AUGGACCAUGACUGGCAUGGCAGCAGGAGAAGUGGGCACAGACGCUGUGAGGAUGAUGAAGAGCAUCAGUCCAUGUACAUUGGGGUGCCAGUGGCCAGAGGUUACAGGAGAAAGCACAAGCGGCACAGGCACACCUCGCGCCGUGAUCACGAGGAGGAGGGGAAAGAGCGACACUACGACUGGCACGAGCGCCAACACAGAGAAGAACAAUAUGAACAAGAGGAGAGAGGCCAUGAGCAGCAUGACCUCACAGACAUCAACUCAACCAUGUCUCCAGCAGCAGAAAGACUACGUAGUAUUUUGGGAGAAGAUGAUGAUCCCACACCGACCCUCUUCACUGAAAUGGACACCCUACAGCACGAUGGUGGAGAACUGGAGUGGAAGGAAUCUGCCAGGUGGGUGAAGUUUGAGGAGAAGGUUGAGGAGGGUGGAGAGAGGUGGAGUAAGCCUCACGUUUCGACACUCUCACUGCACAGUCUGUUUGAGCUGCGGACAUGCCUACAGGCAGGCAGCAUUCUGCUGGAUCUGGAGGGCUAUUCCCUGCCUCAGAUUGUAGAUGACAUUAUUGAGAAACAGGUUCAGGAUGGUCUGAUUUCUGCGGAACUCCGUGAGAAAAUCAGUUUUGUUCUGCUGAGGAAACAUAGGCACCAGACCAAAAAGCCUAUCCAUCGCUCUUUGGCUGAUAUUGGCAAAUCCACAUCAACAAACCGUAGUCCUAACUGUAGUCCCAGGUCUGUGUCUAGCCUGCACCGUUCCACUGAGGACUUGUGUGCACGGCAGAGUGGCAACUAUGGCCGACUGCAUCAUGCCCAGAGCCGUAGCAUGAACGAUAUUUCAGACACACCAAGCACUGACCAGCUGAGGAAUAAGUUUAUGAAGAAGAUUCCCCGGGAUGCUGAGGCGUCUAACGUUUUGAUCGGGGAUGUGGACUUCCUCGAGAAACCGUUUGUGGCCUUUGUCCGGCUGGCCCAGGCCACAACACUGGGAGGUUUGACUGAAGUCCCUGUACCAACCAGGUUUCUGUUUGUGCUGCUCGGUCCUCAGGGCAAAGCCAAAUCCUAUAAUGAAAUCGGCCGUGCCAUGGCUACUCUUAUGGUGGAUGACCUCUUCAGUGAUGUGGCUUAUAAGGCCAGAGACCGUGAGGAUCUGAUCGCAGGGAUUGAUGAGUUUCUGGAUGAGGUGAUUGUGUUGCCACCAGGGGAAUGGGAUCCUAAGAUCCGCAUUGAACCCCCCAAAAAAGUUCCCUCAGCGGACAUGAGAAAGUCUGUGUUCUCCCUAAAUGAGUUGGGGCAGAUGAAUGGGACAGCAGGGGGAGGAGGAGCCUCUGUUGAAGAUGAGGAGGUGCCAGCUCCUCAUGAACUGGGAGAAGAGCUCGCUUUCACUGGAAGAUUUUGUGGUGGUCUGUACUUGGACAUCAAACGGAAACUACCCUGGCUGCCCAGUGACUUUUACGAGGGCUUUCACAUCCAGUCCAUCUCUGCAGUGCUGUUCAUUUAUCUGGGGUGUAUCACUAACGCCAUCACUUUUGGAGGCUUGCUGGGUGAUGCCACAGACAACUACCAGGGUGUGAUGGAAAGCUUUCUGGGCACAGCCUUGGCAGGAACUGUCUUCUGCCUGUUUGGCGGCCAACCUCUCAUCAUCCUGAGCUCCACGGGACCCAUCCUCAUCUUCGAGAAACUUCUUUAUGAAUUCAGCAAGAACAAUGCCAUUGACUAUUUAGAGCUUCGGCUAUGGAUUGGUCUCCAUUCUUGCCUCCAGUGUUUGAUCCUGGUGGCUUCAGAUGCAAGCUAUAUAAUCAAGUACAUCACACGCUUCACAGAGGAGGGCUUCUCCAGCCUCAUUUCUUUCAUCUUCAUUUCUGACGCCAUCAAGAAGUUGGCUGGGGCUUUCAAGUACUAUCCCAUCAACCGUAGCUUCAAGACUGACUAUGUCACCACAUACAAGUGUGAAUGCCUGGCCCCUGACCAAGUGGCCUCACUGGUCCUAAAUUCAUCAGUUCCACUAGGUCCAGACAACAUGACUGAUUACGCAGUGUAUAACUUCACAGGUCUGGACUGGAGCCAGCUGAGUAAGAAGGACUGUGUGAAGUAUGGUGGCUCCUUAGUGGGCAAAGCAUGCAAGUAUGUCCCAGACCUGGCUCUCAUGUCCUUCAUCCUGUUCUUCGGCACCUACUCUAUGACUGUCUCACUGAAGAAGUUCAAGUCCAGCCGUUACUUCCCAACUAAGUGUCGUACCCUCAUAGGAGAUUUUGCCAUCAUUGUUUCAAUCCUGGUCUUCUGUGGGUUGGAUUUCCUGUUGUCCCUGGACACCCCAAAACUGCAUGUGCCCACACAGAUUAAGCCGACUCGGCCAGACCGGGGCUGGAUUGUAAUGCCCUUUGGGAAGAACCCCUGGUGGAUGUCUUUGGCCAGCUUUGUACCUGCACUAUUGGUCACAAUCCUCAUUUUUAUGGAUCAGCAAAUCAGUGCUGUCAUUGUGAACCGCAAAGAAAACAAACUGAAGAAAGGGUGUGGUUACCACCUGGACCUGUUCUGGGUGGGGAUCCUUAUGGCAGUUUGCUCAUUCAUGGGGCUUCCCUGGUACGUGGCAGCCACAGUCAUUUCCAUUGCCCACAUUGACUCCCUGAAGAUGGAGAGUGAAUGCAGUGCACCUGGAGAGCAGCCACAGUUCCUCGGAGUGAGGGAGCAGAGACUGACAGGUAUAUUAGUUUUCGUCCUCACCGGAGUCUCCAUUUUCCUCGCUCCCGUUCUGCAGUACAUUCCUAUGCCUGUUCUCUAUGGUGUCUUCCUCUACAUGGGCGUUGCCUCUCUCAAAGGCAUUCAGUUCUGGGAGAGGAUUAAACUGUACCUGAUGCCAGCCAAACACCAGCCAGACUUCAGCUUCUUGCGGCAUGUACCACUGAGACGGGUUCAUCUCUUCACCUUGGUGCAGGUUGUCUGCUUAGCUGUUCUCUGGAUACUCAAGUCCACUGUGGCAGCUAUCAUCUUCCCAGUAAUGAUUCUGGGUCUCAUGGUUGUGAGGAAGAUGCUGGACUUCAUGUUCUCCCAGCAUGACCUUGCUUGGCUGGAUGACAUCCUUCCUGAGAAAGACAAGAAGAAAAAGGAGGAUGAGAAGCAAAAGAAAGACAAGAAGAAACCUAGAGAGGCAGAGCAAAACAGUGAUGAGGAGACAGCUCCCGACAAGAUCUCUGGGGAGGCCACUAGUGUACUGAUGGAGGAAGUACAGUCUAUCUGUACAGCCUACUACUAUCAGUCUUAA